GAGAGGCUGUACAAGAAAAUGUAUUUAAAUCUUAAUUUUUUCCUUUUGAAUGUUUUAUUUAAAUAAAAUGUGAUAUCAAGAAAUUCAAUUGUGGUUUUUCUGUAAAGAAGAUUGCCAGCUAAAACAUCCCGUCAGAUUCAACAAUGCAUAAGAACAGAUAAAUGGAGGGAAGUUGUCUUCGCCAUUCUCAUCGAGACGCUGCGAGCUGCCCUCUCCUCUUCCAUGGACGUUCUGCCGGUUUCUUCAUAGCCAUUCCCUUUAUUUUCUGCUUCUCUCUUUUCGGAAUCUUCAAUCUUGUCGGCGGCACCGUCCUUACCAUAAUGGCUUGCAAGCCAAAAUUUCCUCCAAAGACUGUGGCGUUCAUACAAAAAAUGAUUCAGAGUUCCAACGUCAAAUUUGAGUCUCAGCUAGAUCCCAUGCAAGUAGUUGGCAUCAUACUCUUACUUACAGGAUCUCUGUUAGUAUUAGUUGGGAUUGCUCUGGGAUUUGUGGCUUGUCGAUCUGUUAACGAACAACAACGAAGAAGAACAGGGAAUUCUUUCUCUGGAAUACCUAUGUCCAGUAUGGCAGAGCGAAGCAGCAGAAGAACCUCAUCAUUUGGUUUGGGUUCCUUCGCUUCUAUUCGUUAUAGUAAAGGCGACAGGAAGAAAUCUUUACACACAGAAAACAUCGUGUCUCCAAUUCUGGAAGUCAACAGCGAAGAAGAGGCAAGUGGCAACGAAGAAACCAGAACAGCCAUUGAAGAUAUAUUCGUACAUUUAUCGACACUGAACGAUAAAAAAUCUCCUGAGAAGAAGAAGGAUGAUCAUCAUAAAGUUAUGUGGGCUGCUCAGAUGUCAGAUUCAGGUUCUGUUUCAGAUGAAAUAGCCGCAGGGGCAUCUUCCGACUCAGAUGCUGUCCAUACAGAAGAUCUCCAUUUAUAAACUCACAUAACUGCAUUGAGAAGAAAACCGAUACACGUAAAUGUACUAUAAUAUUUUAUUCCUAAAAGACUUUUAAGUUUUGAUACUUUUAUAAACAGUAACGAAUAAACAGCUAAUGUAUUCUAUAAUGAGUACAAUAUAUAACUAAUUUCUAAGAUGUCAACA